AUGGAGACCUUCAACAGAACUGUGACCAAAUUCAUCCUAUUGGGGUUCUCCCUUGGGCACCAAGGAGAGAUCCUGCUUGCUCUGGUCUUUCUGGCUAUGUACAUCACAUCGCUGGCUGGCAACAUGCUAAUCUUCUGCCUUGUGUUGGGAAACAGUCAGCUCCAUACUCCCAUGUAUUUCUUCCUGUGUAACUUCUCCGUAUUAGACAUCAUGUUCACCUCCGUCAUCAGUCCACAGCUCUUGUGGAACCUCCUUUCCGGUGACAAAUCUAUUCCCUUCUCAGCCUGCAUGGCCCAGCUCUACUUCUACUUCUUGUUGGGCACCGUGGAGUUUUUGCUCUUGACGUCCAUGUCCUACGAUCGCUAUGUGGCAGUUUGUAAACCUCUGCAUUAUCACACCAUCAUGAGGGGCGAGGUGUGUGUCAAGAUGGUUCUGGCUUCUUGGUUGUGUGGGUUUCUCUCUGUCCUCUGCCCCACCAUCCAGAUUAGCAGGUUGUCCUUCUGCAGAUCCAACAGCCUCAACCAUUUCUUCUGUGACACUGGACCUCUGCUGGAGCUGUCGUGCACCGACACCCGUUUCAUUGAGCUAAUGGAUUUCAUGCUGUCCUCUCUUGUGAUCAUUGGUUCAGUGGUCCUGACCCUGAUUUCGUAUGCGUGUAUCAUUUCAACAAUUCUGCUCAUCCCCACCACCACCAGCCGGAUUAAAGCCUUCAACACCUGUGCCACACACCUCACAAUGAUCUCUAUCUCCAGCGGGAUCUCCAUCUUCACCUAUGUAACUCCCUCACAGAAAGAGACCCUGGAUGCCCACAAGGUGCCAGCCGUUCUGACCGCCAUCGUCUGCCCCUUCUUGAACCCAUUCCUCUUCACUCUGAAGAACGAUUCUGUCAAGGAGGCCCUGAGAAAGACAGUUCAAAAGACCUGCGAUAUGAUUAUGGAAAACGUUCUGGCUACUUUCAAAGGAAACAAAUUUGUUUUAGGGAAAAGUCUGUAA